CUAAAAAGUAGAAAUUGCCGAGAUAUACGUACACUACUCACGUGCAUGCGCAAUUCCAAGCGGAUAACAUGUAUCCAUUAAGCCACUGCUUACAUUUGGCUCACAUUGUUUUUGCAUUGUUUAGAUCGUUUGGACUUGGCUUAGACACAAUCAGCCUUAUCCAAACUUCCAAUUUUAUUCCCUACUCUUACGCCAGACCCCCGGUGUACGAUGGUGCAAGGUAUAAUAGGAAGUGAACUUGCGAAGCUUAUCAAGAGUGCUAAAGUCCCAGACAAAGACUACCUUAUCGUAGACGUCAGAGACGAAGACUGGAAGGGAGGAAAUAUCAAAGGCUCCCGAAACCACCCAUCUCAAAGAUUCCUGUUGGAGCUUGAUGACCUUGUUGAGCGGACCAAGGAUGUACCGAUUAUGAUCUUCCAUUGUGCACUGAGUCAGGAGCGUGGGCCAAAGGCAGCCAGAAUAUACGAAGAAACUCGCAACACCUUGCAUGGCACGAAUCACACUGUGUAUGUGCUUCAAGGGGGCUUCGUCCAAUUCGGGCAGUCGUACAAGGACGAUCCAGAGUUGGUGGAAAACUGGAGAGAGAUCAUUUGGUAGAAUCAGCUAGGGUCCUGUGUCGAUGGUGAUAGAAAAUCUGUUCGAAAA